AUGACUAGUCCUUCAGCACCAGCAACUGUGAUGGCCACCUGCCAUCCCAACUUUUAUUUUGAAAAUGGCACAUACAUUAUCCUGGUCAAAAAUUUCCUUUACAAACUCAACCACAACAUCUUGGUGAACGAGUCAGCCUUCUUUUCUGACCUCUUUUCACUUGGCAAAUUUGUGCUAGAGGACAAGGAUAUGGAGGGGCAUGCUGAUCAGAACCCAAUUAUUGUGAAGGAUGGAUUUCUCACUACAGAAAUUUCUGACUUGUGCCUCAAGAUCAAGUUCACAUGUCCCUGCCCACCUGCUAAAUAUUCUGCAGAUGACCUCAAGAACCUCCUGGAGUUUAUCCACAAGUUCCAAUGCAGUGCAUGCCUACUCAGCUUCAUUACUUCCUGCAUCAUUGAGAAAUCAUAUUCCUUCCAUCCUUCUGAACUCAUUUAUCUGGGCAUUGAGUACAAGAUUCAGGCACUCUUCAAAAGAGGUUUUAUGAGGCUCUGCAACCUCCCUCUGACGAAGAUCAAGAAGAUUCACUGUUGCUGGAUGGGGAUGGAAACUUACAUCACCUACAUUUAUGUCAGGUCCCUCCUGGAUGAGUAUGUCUGCACAGUUGCUGUGGAGGCCCCCCCUAUCAUACAUGCUGCUCGCUGUCAGGAUCAUAAGGGGUGUGAAGAAGACUGGGGUGCAGUGUGGUGGAAUGGCAUGGGGCAACUCCUCCUCAAUGGAAGGAGCCCAUACAGUUUUGAUGAUGCUAUUGAUCUCUUCAGGAAAUUGCAGUUUGGCUGUGUCAGUGAAGAUUGCAAGAGGUCUCGUCAUGUAUCAUUUGUUACUUCUUGUAAUUUUAAAAAUAACAGGCAUGGCAGUGAGGCAGUGAGGCCACAACAUAUGGGUGACAUGGCUGAUUGGAUGCAGUGGUGA